AAAAUACUUUAGGCAUCUGCCUAGCUGUUCGUGUCCAGUCGUUCCGGUUAACAGUGAGAGACAAUAUUUUGGACGAGAGAUACAGAGAGAGAAAUAAAGAUGUCUGAUGUAAAGGAAUUAGAUCCCACGGCCGGCGGAGAUGCAUCGGUUGCCGAAACGAGGAAGAUCGAUUGCACGGACAGCACAAUCUCCGAAACGACUGUCAAACCGGAAUGCACCGAUGUAGUGCCAGAAAAUGCAGUUGCACCCGAGGAAGUGGUUGCAACAUUGAGUGCACAAACUGAAGCCGAACGUUCGGCUGAGGUGACAAAUAGCGCGAAUGUGCUUCUUGCUGAAGAAAUCGCCAAUUCGGACACACAUUCCGCAGAAACUAUUGACACAAUCGUGGAUAUCGUCCACGCAGUUCCGGAAAAUGUAACUGAUGUACAGAAACCUGCUGCAGAAGUUGAAAACUUAGCUGCGGCCACUCUUCAAAACGAAGAGACGCUGCAAAAGUCAGUUAUUGAAGAAAAGGCUGAUAAGCCGAGACAAAAUCCAAAAGACAACAACACAAUAUCCAGAUUGGAGGCGGAAGUGCGGAAAAGGACAAAGGAACGCGACAGUUAUCGAAACCAGCUAGAAGACACGGAGACAAAACUAGCCGCUUUAAAGGCAUCCUACAACGCGAUAACAAGUCAUGGUAGUGAUGAAGACAUCCUGCAACGAUCGGUGGAACAAUUGCGCGGACAACUGGCACAGACCGCAUUAAUGUAUGAAGAACGAAAUCGCAUGGUCGCCAACCAAGAAAACCAGAUCAACGCACUGAAUAAUCAAGUGACUUCAUUGAAGGAAGUGGUGUCGAUCACACGGGAUCUGCUGCAGAUCCGUAACAUAGAGGUGAAACAGUUGCAAGCUGAAGUCGACAAUAUGGAGAAAAAAAUCACAGAGGAACGCGAUCGACAUAACGCAAUGAUCAGUAAAAUGGAUGCAGCAAUGCGACUCAAUGCCGAUCUCAAGAAGGAAUAUGAGACCCAGCUAUCCUUGUUUCAAAGUCUUCGUGAGAAAUACGGCGAGAAAAUUACUCUUUUAUCCGCAGAAAAACGAGCUCUUGAAACUGCCGCCUCUGCACCUGAAUGAAUAAUAUUCCUAUCGAAUAUUAAUGUAUUUAACAUACGAAUCAUUUUUCAUCGAAAUAUAUCUAGUCAUUCUCUGAGACAUUUAUAAACAUAUUUAUAAAUACAAUGUUUUUUGCAUGCGAAUUCUCGGUAAUCGCAAUUUCUCGAAAAAUGCUCAGCUUGCAUUCUAACAAUUUACGCAACAUGCAAAUAUAAUAUUAAAAAUAUUGCAUCGUAUAUGCAGAAAAUACGAGUUUGUAUACAAAGUAUCCAAUGCUAUUUUUGUUAACAACGGAUUAACAAACGAAUUGAAAUGGAAUUUUUCACGAAUAAGAAUUUCAGAACUAAAUUAAUAGAGUUACGAUUUUUUGAUGCUUGAAAAAUCUGAAACUAUAUUUCCGAGUUUCAAGGAUUAACACCUUUCAGCGACAAUACCAAAAUUAGCAAUUUUGAAGUAAAAAAUAAAGUUCUAUCAUCUACUCAAGCUGUGUCUAGCUGUUCAUAUUCUUUAAUAUGUUAAAUAACUGUAACUGCCGUAUCUAUUCUGCAUAUUAUCGCGUCGAGUCAAAAGGGUGAAAAAUACUGCGCGAAAUAGAUACGCUAAACAGCGUUAUCAAUAAAUAACAAAAAAUGCCAUCAUUAAUAUAUUAUAAAGCGACUCGCAGAAUUAUUUCUCAUGGUUUAUUUGAGAGUGAUAGUUGACGAGUGUAAUCGCGAGGAAGAGGAAAUAUUAUUGCCAAAGAAAAUCAGACAUAAAUUUUGCAGAAAAAGAUGAAAACGUUGACGAUAAGUUUACUUGUGUUCUGCAUCGUGGCAGUAUCCUCGAAACAAUGGACGUACGAUUAUAACAAACAAAUGUGGGUUCCAGGGUAUAACUUUGUCGACGAACUGUCAUUGCAUUCAAAAUUGUCUUCGAUGCAUGAACGGCAAAACAAAAUAAAUGAUCAGAUCGAAGACAAAAUUGUGCAAAAUAAAAUAGAUAGGAAAGUUGAAGAAAACAUUGUACGAAAUGAACUAGAUGAUAAAACAGAAGACAAUAUUGUGCCAUCGGAAGUUAAAAUUCCACCGAUAAAGAUCGAGGAUUUUCUAAUGAGCAAACUCGAAUAGCGACAAAAAGUGGCGCGACUUUAUCGUUCGGAGGUCCAGAGGUCCAGAGAAGUAUAUAAUGUAGAGAUUAAAGAAAGUGAGGAGUUA